AUGAGUGAAACGCGUAAACGCGGAGGAGAACCUGAACUUCGUUUUGUGCAACAUCCCUUAAUCGAACUAGAAGUUGAUAUUCCAAAAGAGGAGAAAGAGGAAGAACUAACUCCAGAAAACGUGGACUAUGAAGACGAUGUAGAAUAUUUGAGAAGUUUAGACCCUAAAGAAUGGAAGUCACAAGAUCAUUACAAAGUCCUAGGUAUCCCAAAUAUAAGAUACAAAGCAACAGAUGACAUUAUCAAAACUGCCUACAGGAAGAAAGUCUUAAAGCAACAUCCUGACAAACGUAAAGCGCUAGGGGAAGAAAUCAAAACAGAUGAUGACUAUUUUACCUGUAUAACAAUGGUUUAUGAAACUCUAGGAAAUAUAAGUAGGAGAAGAGCGUACGAUUCUGUUGAUCCACAAUUCGACAAUGAUCUACCUUGUACUAGUGAUAUAAAAAAAGACUUUGAUAAAGCGUUUACGUAUUAUUUUGACUUAAGCUUCCGAUGGUAUGAAAAAACACGGGUGCCCAAAUUAGGAACUGAAAAUUCGACAAAGGAAGAGGUGGAACACUUUUAUUCGUUUUGGUAUGAUUUUAAAUCAUGGAGGGAAUAUUCCUAUGACGACGAAGAGGAUAAAGAUAAAUGUCAAGAUCGUGAUGAGAGAAGGCCAUACGGAAAAGGUCACGAAAAUGGUCCAAGCUUAAAAUCAACAGUGGUUUCAGCAGGACAAGAUAGCCUGUCACACUGCCAGAGAGUCUCUUGGAAUACUGUGCGAUCAUUUUUGGAACUUACACUCACCAGAACUAACGCCAUCAGAUGCGUACACAUAGAGAAUGUUGAAGGGGUCACAGUCUGCCAUUUCGGAAUUGAGGACUAA